AGAAGAAAUAGAGCGAGGCUGAGUGGGAGGCAUCUGUCUCUCGUAUUGCCAAAGCAACAGAGAGAAGAGGAGAGAGGACGAGAGAGGAGGCAGUGCGAUGUUUGCGAGCGUCUUGUUGCUGUGGCCGAGAUCUCCUGCUACUGUUUGCUCUGGACUCGAGGGACGGGUGGAUGCUCACACGCAUAAGUGCAGUUAUAAUUGAGCUGCUGCUGCUGCUGCUGCUGCUGCUGCUGCAACAACCAGGACUUGAACUGCACCUACAGCAGUGCAGUGGGUGCUCACAGAGACACCGUGCGAGACAGAAGCAGGACGUGGUAUUGCGUGCAUGCUUUUUAGGAGCGUUUGUUUGCGGGUGUAACAGGUGCUGUCAGGUGAGCGGGGUUAACUUGACACCGACCUGUAAACUGACUCCAUGAUGCCUGUGUGUGUGUGUGUGUGUGUGUGUGUGUGUGUGUGUGUGUGUGUGUGUGUGAAUGUGUGUAUGUUUAGCUGAAAAUGACCAGGUGCAUAUGCUGCAUGGUGUGUGCAUUUUUGUGACGCCGUGAGGGCAUUCACACACACACACACACACACACACGCACACACAGGCACGCGUCAGGAGGAAGUGACAAGCUUCUGCUCGCUCUCGGAUUUCCUGGUCCCGUCUCCGGUGGCACGCAAAGUGUCGAAUCUGAGCCGAGUUCACCUGUCUCGCCGUCACAGGUGGGACGUCGGACUCCCUGGAUGCCUCAGCAGAGCAGCGCUGUCUUCAUCUGGAUGAGUAGAGGACAGUUAGAUGCACGUAGACUCUGAUUUGUGGCUGAGCGUCACAUCAGCCCGUGCCUUUUUUCGAGAUAAACCAGCACUUCCUCAAGCCUGUCAACCGCUCCAUGACCGUCAAUACGGUGCUGACCCCCUCCAUGACCAGCAGUAACAGCAUGAGCAGCGGGUACUGCAGCCUGGACGAUGAGAGCGAGGACUCCCAUUUCUUCACGGCCAAGACCUCGUUCUUCCGCAAGCCCAGGCAGGCGGCAAAGCAGAAUGAGGCAAAGGAGGAAGAGGAGGGAGGGACAAAGGACCUGUCGGCCGAAGAGGUGUGGAGCAGGAUAGAAGAGUAUAAUGCUCAAGUCAGUGAAAAUGGCAUGACGCUGGCUUCAGACGGAUCCUACACAGGUUUCAUCAAGGUCCACUUGAAGCUCAGUCGACCCGUCACUGUCCCCUCUGUGGAGGCGGUGGGUUCGGAGGGAGCGUCCAGGCAGAUGGGCGGUCACAACCGAGCACCGCUGGAGGACCAGGAAGGGAAUGACUGCACGCCGAGUGAAAAGAGGACGUCCUUCUACCUUCCAAGCGACUGUGUGAAGCAGAUCCACAUCAGCUCCCUGACCACCACCAGAGAGGUCAUCCAGGGCUUGCUGAAGAAGUUCAUGGUGUUGGACAAUCCCCGCAAGUUCGCAUUGUACAGGCUGAUGCACCGCGAUGGCCAGGAUCUCUUUCAGAAGCUUCCUCUGUGUGAACGUCCUCUUCUUCUAAGGUUGAUUGCAGGGCCUGACCCAGAGCUGCACAGCUUUGUCCUUAAGGAAAAUGAGACUGGAGAGGUGGAGUGGCAUGCGUUCUCCGUCCCUGAGCUGCAAAACUUCCUGGUAAUCCUGGAGAAAGAGGAGGCAGAGCGAGUGCGGGCAGUGGAGCAAAAAUAUGCCAUGUACCGGCAGAAACUACAACGGGCCCUACAACAACAUGACCCCUGACCUGUUACCUUAUGACCUCAAACCAGGGAGAGACUGACCCUUUGAAUGCUGACCCCUCAAGACCCCGUGAUCUAUUCAGAGACUGGAGCCGGAGCUGAACUUGUCUUCACUCUCCAUGGAUACACACAAACACACAGUACAUUCAUACACAGAUGCAUACACUUUCUCAGGACGUUUACGACACCCCCCCCCCCCCCCCAAACAAUCACCAUCCAUAUGUCCACUCCCUGAGGAAAAAAUCAGGGGUUGAAAGGGAUGUGAAAGUCUACAGGGUGUGUGGUCUGCUCGCUGAUAGGACAUACAGUGUUUUCAUUGCCAAGGACACAAACAGAAAGAUCUUGCCACUUUCUGUGUGUGAGACUUGAGAUCUCAUUUGGGACUGAUGUGAAUCAACGGUGUUUCGAAAGAUUCCGUCGUCUCCUGCUACUGCUGCUGCUGCUGCUGCUACUGCAAGUGUUACUUAUGCAUGAGUCUCUCUCAUCCCCCUGCACACGCUAGAAUAGAAACCGAGGGCAUGAUUACUUUUUUUCUGCAUCUCUGUGGGAUGGAAGGACAAUCAUACUGUGUGUUUUUAUUUUUUUCCCCCUCAGAAUUGAUGCAUAUAUUUACCAGAUGUUUUAAUUUUGUUGCUGGAAUAUGUGUGAAUUUGUGAGGGAUGCAUUUAGGGUCAAGGCUGCGAGUUCUGGCAAUGAGUGCUUCGCCCUUAAGCAAGGGUAGGAAGUAGGAGGCUGUAAGAAGGAAUGGAAGGACAAGAAAGCCAGAUUCUUUCUCUGAUUUUUCUCAGGGAGCAUGUGUUGAGUGAAUAGGAAACUUAAAGCAGGAAAGAGGAGCCUCUUCCACCCUACACAUCCCUACUUCAACGCACAUUGUCGGUUCUUAUUUUUCCUCUUAAAUGCCAUUUGAUGGACCUUUGUGAAGUCAGGUGCUUCACUUGAUUGAGAGACCUUCAGUCAGAUUCAGUUACCACCUCUGCCCUUGCUCUUUCAUACAACCACAUGAUCCCAACCUUUUCUUAGAUAAUAAAAUGUGAGUUCAUUUUCAUUUCCCUGCCCUAAUUCCCGGUCUGACAAACCUUGCAUGAAGUCCACCUGCAAAUGAAGGGAGGCAAUUCACGUAUAUUUACAGAUUUGACACUUUACAUACAACAUUAUGGUAUAAGGGUUGUACUUGAAUGUGAGAGGAAUUUUUUUUACACCAAAGCUUAGAGGGACAGAUCUAUUGAGAGGAUUUUAAAGGGAAGAGAGACAUUUGGAGGUUUAUAGAAUAAAAGGUAGGGUAUGUAAAAAAUGAAAACCGCUUCUGUAUUGCACAUAACGACGCCGGUCACUGAAUGCCCCGUACCUCCGGGGCUGGGCAUGCAUAUCUCUUUUCAUUUUCUUUUAUUUCUCCAUCUUCCACCCAGAAAAAGAAACUUUAAAUAUAUAAAAUCCAUGAUAAUGGCUAUGAUGUACAAACAAUGUGUUUGCUUUGUAUUAUGUAGACACUGGAAAAAGAGUGACAAGGUUUAACUUUGUUGUUAUUACAAAUAUUAUUUUGGUAUCAUUCCUACUGGUGUGCGUGUGUGCGUGUGUGUGUGCGUGUGUUUGCUCUUCUAGGGCAGGGAAAAAAAUUAGAUUUUUGUUUUAUAACGAGUUUCAUCAGCACUCCCUCAUUGGGCCUCACUUAGCGAGUUAUUAACACAUAAAGUACGUUGAAUUUGGUGCACAUUUAGCAUCACACACAACAACUGCAAAUUCAUGAAUUUACCAAAUUAUUGAAAGAAACGGUUUGCCACAUCCUGAUGUUUCUUUAUCGAUUCCGUGUAUCGACAUCACCACCCAAAGUCCAAGCUGUUCUGCUGGCAGUGCCUUUUGUUUUGUGUGACCCCAGAGUAUAAGGUGUGUUCCAGCACAAAGGUGCCUGAGUGUAUGUGUGGAUUGUUCUGCAUGUCUCUUGGACAGUGUUGUAUCUUUCCUUCAUGUCCUCCUAUGCUUAAUACUUUUGUGUCUGUCCAACAAAUUCUAUGUCUGUGUGUGUGCGUAUGUAUGUGUGUGUGUGUGUGUGUGUGUGUUAUUUAUUUCAUGGUUCAUACCAUUCACAUGAUAAUAUGUGAAGGAUGUUGAGCCCCAAAGCUUUUUUUGCAAUUCAUUUCGUUUUAUUUUAAAAAGUGUGUGUAAAUAUAUCGGUAGAACUGUACAGAAUAUCAACAUGAAAUAAAAAAGGUCAUCCCUUU